ACAUUAGGGGAAGACCAGGCUGCAGCACCACCGGCGCAGAGCAGUUGACAGCUGCUUCGAAGCUGUCAUUGACACAGGAGCAUGGCUCAGACCUGGGGUAACUUUUUCUUCUCUCUCCUCGAUUACAAGACUGAGAAAUUUGUCAUCGCUAAAAACAAAAAGGUCGGAGUUCUGUUCAGACUCUUUCAACUGACGGUGAUCGGAUAUCUGAUCGGGUGGGUUUUCAUUUGGAAAAAGGGAUACCAGGAGACUGAGGAAGCCAUCCAGAGUUCUGUGAUCACCAAACUCAAGGGUGUGGAUCUCACCAACAGCUCUCAGUUUGGUUUGCAGCUAUGGGGUGCAGAGGACUAUGUCAUUCCUCCACAAGGGGACAGAGUCUUCUUUAUAGUGACAAACUACCUAGUGACACCAAACCAAAAAUUAGGUUACUGCCCUGAGAGUUCUAAAGUGCCAGACGGUUUUUGUACAAAUGACAAUGAAUGUGUGGAAGGGGAAUCUGUCAUAGCAGGACACGGAGUGAAGACAGGCCGCUGUCUGAAUGAAACAGGGACAUGUGAGAUUAAUGCCUGGUGCCCUGUUGAGCAUGGCCACGCACCAUCGGAGCCUAUGCUGGCAAAGGCUGAAAACUUCACAGUCUAUGUAAAGAACUUCAUCAAGUUUCCAAAGUUCGGCUUCUUCAAAUCAAAUGUCCUGCCCACCACCAACAGCACAUAUCUGAAGACAUGCCGAUACGACAAGGACCAUCAUCCCUACUGUCCCAUCUUUCUUGUGGGAGAUGUAAUUAACUGGACUGGAUACACUUUCCAGGAUUUGGCAACAAAGGGUGGUUCAAUUGGAAUUGGAAUUGAGUGGAAUUGUGAUUUGGAUAAAGAUGAAUCUCACUGUAACCCUGAAUACAGCUUCACACGCUUGGAUUCCUCUGAAAACUCACAGCACUCGGUCACCUCAGGCUACAACUUCAGAUUUGCUCGAUACUACAAUGAUGCAGCAGGACAGACCUAUCGAAAUCUAUUCAAAGUGUAUGGCAUUCGCUUUGAUAUACUAGUAAAUGGAAAGGCUGGGAGAUUCAGUAUUAUUCCUACUGUGAUCAAUAUUGGCUCUGGACUUGCUUUAAUGGGCGCUGGGGUUUUCGCCUGUGACAUGAUUCUCCUCUACAUGAUGAGCAAAAGCUCCUUCUACCGAGAGACAAAAUUUGAGGCAAUCAAAAAAAAGCAAUCUGGAGAGCAGAGAGAGAGAAAGCAUGCCCGCCACCAUCGUCAUCAUCAUCAUCGGCAAGAUGGACGACACCGGAGAGAGGAGAAGCAGACGGCAGAGAUGCAGCCCUUGACAUCAGUGUUGACUCAGGCCAAUAACAACCCAGAGAGACAGACGCAGCCCAGCACAGCCUCAGCACUCAAACCCCACAGUCCCGAGAGGAAGCCACAGGCAGCGGUGUCAUUCAGAACUCACACUGCUGAAAAACACACCGUUUCCCCCGUUUCCACGUUGAGAGCAGCACGCCACCAGUAGAGCACUCAUCAUGCUCAAUGCUAUCGGAUUAACUGUGGAUGAAUGAAGGGAGUUACUAUAGCAGGUCUAUCUUCAAUCCUACCAAUGAGGAAUAAUGCCAGUAUUGUUUAUGCUCAUUUACAGGUUUUGUUACGAAGAGAUGUUCAAUUAUUUAAUAUAAAUCUGGCCUGACACUACAAAUGCUCAAGCCCAGGUUUAAUAAAUGUUAAAAUACUUGAAGAACAAUGCCUGGCCAACUGUGUUGUUUUCACUAUGGAUAAAUGUGAAAAUCGAUUUUUUAACACUACGGUUUACAUGUUUGGCUCUGCUUUAACUAAAUUAAGAGUUUUAUUUUUAUUCAUUAAACUGUGGUGACAAUAAAGACAUUUAGGCAUUA